CCCCGGGUGGCUGCUGCAGCCUGCGCUGCCUCCGCCACUGCCGGCCGCCUGCGGAGUCUGAGCGGGAGCCGGAUCGGUGCCCAGCUGACGAGGGGCUCCCGGGCCGCGGGGGCGGGCGGGCGAUGCUCCAGCAGCCUGACCAGCCAUGGAGGCCGAGGCAGGCGGCCUGGAGGAGCUGACAGAUGAGGAGAUGGCGGCGUUGGGCAAGGAAGAGCUGGUGCGGCGUCUGCGGCGGGAGGAGGCGGCGCGCCUGGCGGCGUUGGUGCAGCGCGGCCGCCUGAUGCAGGAGGUGAACCGGCAGCUGCAGGGUCACCUGGGCGAGAUCCGCGAGCUCAAGCAGCUCAACCGGCGCCUGCAGGCCGAGAACCGCGAGCUGCGCGACCUCUGCUGCUUCCUGGACUCGGAGCGCCAGCGGGGGCGGCGCGCCGCGCGCCAGUGGCAGCUCUUCGGGACCCAAGCCUCCCGGGCGGUGCGCGAGGACCUGGGCGGCUGUUGGCAGAAGCUAGCGGAGCUGGAGAGCCGCCAGGAGGAGCUGCUGCGGGAAAACCUGGCGCUGAAGGAGCUUUGCCUGGCUCUGGGCGAGGAGUGGGGGCCCCGCGGCGGCAGUGGCGGCGCGGGGGGCUCGGGCGCCGCGCCGACACCGGAGCUCGCCCUGCCCCCCUGCGGGCCCCGCGAUCUAGGCGACGGCAGCUCCAGCACCGGCAGCGUGGGCAGCCCCGAUCAGUUGCCCCUGGCCUGUUCCCCCGAUGACUGAGGGAGCUGCUGCUUCCACGCGGCGCCCGUCCAGAUUGCUCCCGGAGCGCUGCGAUUGCUGUGAACCCCCGAACUAGGACGCGUCCUCGGGGGUUGGGGGGGGAGUGCACCUGGAGCCGCUGACGGGGCCUAAGAAACCCUGGCGCUAGAGAGGGCCCCUCGCACUCGCUGGCGGGGCAGCAGGGGGGACUGGAGGUGUGAUUGGUGGGACUUACUGGGGGGGCUGGAUGGGGGGGACUAAUAAACAGGGACCGAAGCGGA